AAAGCCUCUUGUGCUGAGGGGCUGCCUCUGAGAAAUCGUAGGCAAUCACAGAUAAAGGAGAGAAGAUUUGGGAACGGGUACCCACCUGGAUAGAAGAACAGAUUGCCUGCCGAAAGGAUUGGCUUCCUGCAGUGAUGUUUGCCCUGUCAGAAGUCACUUUCUUCAAUGACAGCCUUGCCCAGUUCCAGUCUUUGAAGCCUUGGUGGGAUGUCCUAAUGGACUAUUUGGUAUUAGCAAUGCUGAUGAUUUCUGUUCUCUCAGGAACGCUACUAAUCUCUGUUGAUAACAUGACUUGUCUUCCUCUGAAUCAUAAGCUAAAUGAAACUUCAGCAGUUGUACCCAAGACUCAAGCUAUGGAUCAAACCAUCAGUGAAGAGCUUCCUGUGGCAAACAGUCAUCGCUCCAUCAAUCUGGACUACCAACAGUAUCUAUACAUCAGCUAUGUCUGUUAUCAGAAAGUUCUGCCCUGGUUCUUGAAGUAUUUCCCUUACUUUGCACUUGUCAAUUCACUGUUCUUAAUGGCAAGCAACAACUUCUGGUUCCGAUAUCCUAAGACUUCAUCAAAGAUUGAACACUUCUUGUCCAUUCUCACGAAAUGUUUUGAGUCACCUUGGACCACCAAGGCUCUCUCUGAAAUAGGUUGCCAGCACUUCCUAGGUGCGCGCACAAAUACUGUGAAUAUGCAGUAUCUAGGACAACUCAAGUCUCCUUCUUCUCCCAUCCUGGAUGCAAAGGAUCGGGAACUUGGCCAGGCCCUUUUUGAGAAGAUCCGUAGAUUCAGAGCACACACUGAAGGUGGUAGGAUGAUUUAUAGAAUCUAUUUGGGACAAACCUUUCUCAAAAUUGCAAAGGUUCUAACUGUGCUAGGUUAUACCUUCAACUGUAUAGGAUCCAUCUCCUUCAAGCAUGUUUGCCUGGCAGACAUACAAAACCUCAUUGGCUAUUCUACAUUCAUCUGUACCCAUAGCAUGGCUUUCAUUCUACAGAAAUUGAUAGCUACUUAUAUUUUUUUAGUAUUCCUGCAUGGAGUUGUGGGGGUUUAUUCACUCCUAUGGCUUUUGUGGCAACCACUGCAGAAAUAUUCUUUUAAGCAAGCGCAUGAAGACAGUCGGGUCUUUGAUAUCCCAGAUGGACAGAAUGAUUUUGCUUUUUUGCUACACAUGGCUGACCAGUGUAAUCAACUCUAUUCGUGGCGGCUUGCUAAUUUCUUAUCAGCCAUGCAUAAAAACGACAUGCUGGAUGUAGUCUCCAGUGGUAAAUUGAGUACUAAAAAAAAGGUUAGCUGCCAUUAUCCUUCCCUGUCAUCAAAAUAAAAACAUAUAAGUAAAUAAGCAUUCGAACAAAUCCUUAAUAAAGUAUCUUAUUGAUUACAAAGGCCAAAACCUGAGAGUUUCUUUUUCAGGUGCCAUAAAAACACAAGUGUGAUCCACUUACCCAAAAGAAGAAAAUAUUAAACAAUUGUAAAUAAAAAACUAAGAAAUCCUCUUUGAAAAUAGCCCAGAUUAAUUUAGGGCUAAUAUAAAAAUCUUAUGGGCUGCCUGUACCUUCUUUUUUUUUUUCUAUCUCAGAGAGGAAUUUCUCCUUGCUAAAAAUUAUGCCUUACGAGAAGAGAAAGUUAUAUUGGAAGCAAGUCAUAUAAUAAUAAGCCUGGAAUGAAACAUUUAUCCCAAGGGAAAAUAAGUUUAGGAAUUGAUAAAUGGAUUGGAAGUAAAUACUAGGUCAUAAAUUGACUGCAGUGGGCUUUGGGGAUAAAAUAAAAGACCAGGUCUGACUGUUGUUAACUUAUUGCUAAGUCCCGGGUUUAAAAAACAAGAAAUCUGUGCUUAUUUUAUAAACACAAAAGGGAGUAUACUCUAUAAAUUGAAAACAGAGGAAAUGGAAGAGGAGAAAGUAGAAGAAUGCGAAUCCUGCUCCUCCAUAGGCAGUAAGUGAGCAGAAACACACUGAACAAAAUUCAGGCUAUAUCCAGAGCACGCUUCAUUGCAACUAUUACUGUUGUGGAAACUGGAUAGACUAUAACAAAAGGGCCAAAUUCUCUAACUAAAAAACCAAUAUUGAAAAAGCAUUUUUUUUCCUUUUCUUUUAAGCGUUAUAGAUUUAUCGGUGAAAUGAAGAACAAGUGAUAAAUAUGUAUGUCAGAGGAAUUUAAAUGAAUAACUCUUUCUAUAGGAGCUGGUUUCAUUUUUAAUUACUAACACAAUUGUUAUGAGAGAUUAUGGGAAGUGGGAAAGUCAUGGAAGGAACAUUGGACCUAAAGCAUCAAGAGAUAAGGAAGAAUUUGGUAAUAAACAGAAGCUCAGGUCAGGCUGCAAAAAGCUUAGGAGGAAGAUAUUCAGAUGGUUCAAAGAGACACUGUCUUAAUCAGCCACUAAUGCAAGAAGACAGGAAAUUUGCUGCCAUUUCCAAGUUUCUCCAAUUUACCUCCAAUCCUAACAUUAAACACACUUUAUAGAAGUCUGUGUAAUUCUUGCUUCCUUGUCUGCGCCUUGCUGGGAAAGGCUACAAUAUCACCUCCUGAAAAGAUUCUAAUAAAGGUACAUGUGUUUUUGUUUUACACUGAAAAGAGAGGAAGCAUGCAUAAAGUAGACGGGAAAUUUAAAUACCCGGACAUUUAUUGAGAGAUAAUUAAUAUAUGCCAAAAUAGGAAAUUUGUGUUACUGACAAUAUUCUUCUUUGGAGGCAGAGGAAAAAGGAUCAGACCUUGGCCUGAUCCUAAGUAAUAAGAAAAGUUUUGUUGAAGAAGUAAAAGUAGCAAGAAAUUCAGGGAAGGAUAAUCAUAAAAUUGCAAGAAUUCUUAAUGCUAAGGAAAACAAAAGCUGAGUUUAGUCAAGUCAUAUCCUGGACUUUAAAAAGGCUGAUUUUAAUACUGUUGACCAAUGAAGGGAUGUCAUGGCAGGGAAAAGGCUAAUAGAAAAAGGUGCUCAAAACAAAUGCAAUGAAUUUUUAAAAAUGAGAUUCACUCUAUUCCAGGGGUGUCAAACUGCCGGCCCACGGGCUGGUUUCAUCAUACUGAAGCUGCGCCCACCCCAUUUCCAGCAAUGGCAAAACUGGUCCGAUACGUUGCGCGAUGUCACAUGACGUCUCGAGUUUGACCCCCCUGCUCUAUUCAAAAGACAAAAAGAAGGGAGGAUAAUUGCAGAAACUAAGAUGACUCCACAAAAAGAAGGUUAGUGCAAACAGAGGAGGGGAAGGCUGCCAGUUCCUAAAAGUAAUAGCUCGAAGCUCAACACCCAGAGAAGAGAUGGAUUCUCCGUUUCCUUCAUGUUCCCUGGAGGUAUUUGAGCAUAACACAAGGAAGCAGCAACCCCAACGCACUGAUAAAAAAGUAUCUUGUCAGUCAAAAGGGAAGAAAACGAAGAGGAUCAUACACAUUUAUUCAAUUAAUAAGGUGACCAACUGUCCUCCUUUAGGAUGGACAGUUUCCUUUUUUAAGUUCUGUCCUCCCUCGAAAAGUGUCCUCCAUGUCCUCCUUUUUGAUAUUUGAAGACUA